AUGGCAAAAAUCAAAAGUAUACAAAAAUAUGUAAUCAAACAUAUGAGCUUGAGGAAUAAUUUUUGGACAGAUGAUAAAUACUCAUCGCUCUAUUGGAUAAGCGUAUUAAUUGGAUCUUUUGCAUUAUUAGUAUUUUUAUCGUAUGACAUAGUUUUGAAAUGGUAUGAUUCUCCAGUGAAUAGAUUUAAUAUUAACGAACCACGGCAUAUGUCUGAAAAUCCAUUUCCCGCUAUCACAAUUUGUCACAACGAUCCUAUUACUUCAAACACAAUGAACUUAGCCUCCGUACUGAAAUGGGAGCGACAAAACAAAACCGACGAAGAAUGGCAGACUCUGAACGUGGUAUAUGAUAUGUGUUCUUGGAAACAUAAAAUCUAUAAACUAGAAAAAAUAAAUCCGAAAAUUGUUUAUAAAGUACUAAAAGAAUUCUCAACCAAAUGCGAAGAUACUAUAAAACAAAUUCGAUGGAAAGAAAAAAUCAUUAAUAAUCCUUGCGAAAUCAUGCAACCUAUAUUUUUAUUAAACAAUUUAUGUUACAGUUUUAAUGCACUACCAUAUCACGAUAUGUAUAGACAAAUUCCAAACAAAUUACAAGAUGUACUUCAGACAGGUAAGAAAUGGUCAAUUUUAACGAGUAACUGGAAUUCAGAUGAUGGUUACAGCACUAAUAAUAUAAUAUCUGCAAAUAUACCAUGGAACAUGAAAUCGACAGCAUUUUGGAAUACUGUUGAGUUUAUAUUAGCACAACAGGAUGCACUUUAUGGGUGUUCGAGUAAACAAGGAUUUACAGUUUAUUUUCAUAGUCCAUCAGACGUCCCGGACUAUUCACAUUCAUCUUUAAAACUUUCAAAAAGUAGUCAUAGCUUUGUUCAAAUAUCAACUCACUUGUCGUUGACUGACGAUGGUUUAAAAAAUUGGACACCUGAAGAGCGAGGAUGUUAUUACUUGAACGAGAAGUGGCUUAAGUACAACACAGUAUAUUCGUAUAUAAAUUGUUAUGUCGAAUGUCAGGUGAAUUAUACUGAGACAUUGUGUGGUUGUGCUCCGAUUUACAGAAUAAGUAGUUCUCUUCCCGUGUGUGGACCCAAAUCGAACGAAUGUCUAGCAAAUGCCGCAGUUCUUAUACAGAGAGCAUACCGUACAUGCAAAUGUUUGCCAUCUUGUACAGACAUUGAUUACGAGUUAUUUUAUUCUACAGUACCUAAAAACUUCAGCCACAUAAAAAAAUCAUUAACAUUCUUGAACGACUCAACUGACAGCAAUAAUUUGGCCAGCAUUGAAGCCAUAAUUAAUUUGGAACACACGUGGCCUUUGAGACGAAACGCUAAAGAUACUAAUAUAGGCUACAUAGGUAAAAUUGCUGGACUGACGAAUUUGUGCCGUGGAGUGAGCCUGAUUUCAAUAUUGGAAACUUUUUAUUUCAUAUUUAUCAAUCCCUUUUUUCACUGAAAAAAUUAAUUCUUGAGUUUUUGAUUAGAUAUAAUAAAGAUAUAAGAUUUAAGAUAAACGUUUCAAAUAACUACAUGUUAUACGUUAUACUAAUAUUAUAAUAAUUGGUUAUUUAUACUAUAAUAUUUAUUUAUGUAUAAACA